AUGACAGGGGUCGACCCUAGACUUUUCCCGAAUCGGGUGCGGUACGCCGCCCUCCUUACCGUCAAUGUCUAUGUUUUUAUGGGAAAUAUGUACUCUUCGGGCCUGGCAACUGGUUUUGAAUCACUAGCAAUAUACUUUCGUAUUACCGAUGCUGAGUUAGCACCCCUUAUCACCUACUCCGUUCUGUCUAUGGGAUUGGCGAACUUGGUGUGGAUGCCCCUUGCACUUUGCUUCGGAAAACGCCCAGUCGUGCUUUUUUCCAUGGCGAUGUUUUUGGGUGGCAUUAUUUGGAGUGGGGUCGCAAAGGAUUAUAACAGCUUGUUGGCAUCACGAGUAUUUGCUAGCUUUGGCUAUGGUGCAAUUGAAUCGCUUGGUCCUAGUAUUCUUGCCGAUAUUUUCUUCGAACGGAACUAUUCAAGUGCGAUGGCUGUGUAUGCUGCCUUUCUAUCCGGCGGCUCUCAAAUCGGCCCAGUCAUUGCAGGAUAUCUUAUUGAGGCGCGGGGCUGGCGGUGGUUUUUCUACCUCUGUGCUAUUAUUACAGCUGUCAACCUCGUGAGCACCAUCUUCUUGCUCCCAGAGACUAUCUGCGAGUCCGAGGAAGAGCCAGAACCCAUCGAUGAUACCGAGAAGGACGCACACAACCAUAUUGAAGCUGUGCCUUCUAGAGCUCAAGCUGGCGAUCGUGCCAAAAUGGAUUAUGGAGAAUACUGGAGGGGUCUAUUUACUUUCAGUCUCACCAAGGAAGCAAAGGAGAAAGGCGUGCUCAAGCACUUCGCCUACCUCUUCGUUCUGCCCUUUCCACUUCUUCUGUUCCCUGGAAUCUUGAUCGCAUCCCUUAUGUAUGGAGUUAUGCUAGGAGGCAUCGUCGCCAUUUCAACUCUCGCUCCAAACAUCUUCUCCCCACCACCUUACCUCUUCACAUCAGCCGAUCUCGGUCUCUUCACACUCGGAAGUUUUGUUGGUAUCGUCGUCGCCUGGCCCAUCGCUGGUCCGAUGACCGAUCUACUCUCUCGAUGGAUGCGCAAACGCAACAAUGGCGUACAUAAACCCGAGCACCGUUUACCAGCGCUGAUUAUCCCUUUCUUUAUCUGCCCAGUCGGCCUUAUUGUAUUUGGAUAUACAGUUGCCCAACAACAAAACUAUAUUCGGCCGGCAGUUGGGUCGGCUAUUUGUGCCGCGGGACUGACACUCGUUCCAUCCGUGAUGCUUUCAUACGUCGUGGAUGCUUACCCGAGGGUUGCUGGGGAGGCCCUUGUUCUGGUCAACACAUCGAAGAAUAUCGUCGCCUUUGGUCUGGCUAAGGGGGCUUACACGUGGAUGGAAGAGCAAGGAGUCGACAAGAUGUUUUAUGAAUUCGCGGGAAUUCAAUGGGCGAUUCUCGCAUUGGCAUUGCCGUUAUACUUUGCGGGCCCAUGGUUGCGAUCAAGAACCCAGAAAAUGUUUUAA